CUUACGUCAGUCAUACGCAGUCGUUGGUGCGAGGUGGUAGUGCGCUAUCGUCAUCUCUCAAGUCUUCUUUCUUCCUAUAAACGGUAACGAAAUGGGUGACGUAGAAAAGGGCAAGAAAAUCUUCGUGACGAAGUGUGCGCAGUGCCACACUGUCGAGGCUGGAGGCAAGCACAAGGUGGGGCCCAACCUGAAUGGACUCAUCGGCCGCAAAACAGGCCAGGCCCCUGGCUUUACCUACACUGAUGCCAACAAGUCAAAAGGCAUCACCUGGGGACCUGACACCCUGGAUGAGUACCUCACCAACCCCAAGAAGUACAUCCCUGGCACCAAAAUGGUCUUCGCUGGACUCAAGAAGCAGUCCGAGAGAGCUGAUCUCAUAGC